AUGUCGACAACAGCGAAAAAUCUAUCGAAAUCAUUCACAGCAACAUUCAAUGGAAAACGUCUGCCACCCAUUGCGCUCACUUCGAAUCUAACAUCAAUAGCAAACAAAGAUUUACUUCCGAAAUCUAUAUUGAAACAUUCAGAUGCACUGCCUGACGAACUGCAAGAUGAUGAUCAGACGAUUACUAGUGCUGAUGACGAUCGCGACACUCCACGGAUCAGAUAUCAAAAAUCAGGAGAAGAAAUAGAUCUGUUUCUUAACACCUAUCCAUCAAGAGAUUAUACAGUUUCAAGAUAUUUGAAUUCCGCUUGCCAGAAUGCAUUGAAUCAUGGAAAAAAAGCAGAUUCUAUAGUCGAUACUCUUUUGAGUUCAUGCAACGACCAGAAUGCAAUCAUCGAUACUUUUCCAGCACCACUCAGUGAUCGAACGCCAUCGUCUCGUUACUGUCGUCGGUCUUUAAGCAGCGCUUGUAGUCGUCGGUCGUCAAUUUUUUUUCCUCAGCAUACGACUCUUCCAGUUGAUUCCAGUCAACUUUGUCGAGAAGAUACUUUUGAUAUUAUUCGCGAAAGUAUUCAUGCCAACAUUCGUUCAUCAUAUACACCGUUACCACCGAUACAAAGCGAUUCGUUAACAAGCACAUCAAAAUCUUUACUUGUUUCUCAGACGGAUGUUCAACAAAGUAUUUCGCCACCACUGAUAAAUACUGCAGACAUUCAGGAUAAAAUCGAGGAAUACAAACAACGUCUACUUCCCAAAACUCCUUAUAAUCAACACCCAAUGUCAUUGGCAGAAAAAACGACGGACACAUCUUCUACGACAAGUAAACCAACGGUAGUUAAAUAUGAUAUUUCACCAAGAUUACAAAAAUCGAAUGUGGAAAAUCGUCGAGUGAAUAAUGCUGAACGAUCAGUUCCUGCUGCACCGAUGAAAACGAAAGUUUCCAUAACGGCGACUACAACUGCGACGAACACAAAUGUUCCACGAGUUGGUCAAUUCUCUCAAGAACUUUUUCAACCACAAUCGAAAUCGAACAAAGCAGUUUCAGUAACGACAAAUAAAAAAGCACCAAUGACUAAUAAUAGAAUAAAGAUUUCAGCAAAAAAUCAUACACCAAAAGCGAAAGUUACACCAACAGUUUCAAAUCAAGAAACCGUACAAACUACGAAUAACGUCAUUCCUUCUCUUUCGUCAUCUUCACCAUCUGUUUUGCUUACUGUAUCCAACGAAACAUUUCAAGUGCCAAAUAUUAUCACAAUAGAAACCGAGCCUUCUGCCAAGAUUAACACUGAAGCUGCACCCUCACAAGCAAAACAGCCUAGUCCAUCUGUGGUGCCACGACAUACACGCCAUACGUCAUCCAGCUGUAGUAGUGCAAAUCGACAUUCAUAUCCUGUACCAAAACCGCUGACUCUACAAGGAGAGAAAACAGUGGAAUGUGACUAUCCUCAAACAAAUUUACAGCCGGUUGCUUAUGCAAAACUCAGCUGUGAACGGCGCGGAAGCAUCAGCAUAAAGCCUCAUGCAGUCAUCACUCCGUUAUUCGAGGAGACCAAUGUGUACAUACAAAAACCUUGCAUUAAGUCAGAACCGACACCAUCAACAAAUCCAUCAACCGGCAAAUUUAAGAGAGUACGGCCAAACUCGAUAAAAAGUGCAAAAUCAAAGAAACCAAUUGUGAUAAACAAACCGAAAACAGCAACAAAAGCUGCUAAUAAAAUUGAAAAGAAAUGUCAAAGUACCAACACAGGUGCAAGUGUGCUUGCUGUGGAGAACGUAAAUUCAACUAUAGACGAGCACUCACAAGUGACAGAAAUUGAUGAAGUGCCGUUAUCGCAUUUAUUUGACGUACCAACUGUUGAUGAUGAAGAUAUUCCAUCGUGUUUUUCUCCUACUGAUCAACUAACGAUAUCACAAACAACACUCUUGACCAGCCUCGGCGAUAUUCCCAGACGAAACAGCGUUGAAUCCGUUCAAGCGCUUCAGAUCGAUCCCGUUCCGAUAGCAAACAUUGAGCCGUCCAUUGAACCUAUUUUACAACCGCCGUCUAAACUCAUUGAAUCUUUGUUACCCAACGCUGAUAUUCGUGCUCUCUAUGGAAUCGUGCAAGAUUCUAUGCGAAAAGAUCAAUCUAUCCGCUCGAUACCGACGCAAUCAGUUGAACAAGAAGCUACAACAAGCAAUCCAACAUUACCACAUUCAACAAUGAGCUCAUCAUCUCACGAUAAAACCUUAACAAUGGCAGCGACAAUCAGUGCUGCACACACGUACAAUAGUACAGAAACAAAUCUCUCCAUUCGGCCAGCCUUACGUGUUGUCGAAGAUAGUUUAAAUAGUCGAGAAAAUGAUUGUGAUGAAAUUUAUCGCACCGCUCGAAAAGGAAAACAAGUUGGAAAAGGCGUAAGUUACUUGACGCAGAAUCCAAGGGGGAAACAGCAGACUCCAGGAUUCCGGGACUCCGUGGACUCCAUUGGACUCCAUUGGACUCCAAAAGGGACUCCGGAAGGGACUCCAACAGGAUUUCACAGGACUCCACUGGACUCCAAGAGACUCCAAGGGACUCCAAGGAAUUCCAAGGGACUCCAAGGGAUUCCAAGGGACUCCAACAUGGAGUCCGAAAGGGACUCCAAGAGGGACUCCGGGGACUCCACAGGACUCCAUGGGACUCCAACAUGCCUGGAGUCUGCUGCAUAUGGCGUUGUCUGGUCACAUUUAACCAUUACUGGAUGCGUUAUUGCUGUGAAAGAAAUUGAACUUGAUGAAGGUGAUAGUGAACGUGUACGCGAUGACUACGCAUCCGUACGAGAGGAAGUCAAUAUACUUCGAGCACUCAAUCAUUCGUGUAUAGUCAAAUUUCUUGGUAUUUCAUUGGAAAACACGCAUUUAGUUAAAAUCUUUAUGGAAUAUCUUCCAAAUGGAACAAUCGAGAAUUUACUCUUAUCUUUCGGUCCAUUUCACAACGAUGUUUUGAAAAAAUACACGAAACAAAUUGUUGAAGGUGUUGCCUAUCUUCAUAAGAAUAAUGUUGUUCAUCGAGAUAUAAAAGGCAAGAACAUUAUGCUUGACAUGGAAGGCAACAUCAAAUUGAUUGAUUUCGGUUGUGCGAAACGUUUGAAAAAGAAUCAAAACACACAUUCUCUUCGACAGAUUCUUAAAUCAAUGAAAGGCACGGCAAACUGGAUGGCGCCAGAAGUCAUAGCUGAGACAGGUCACGGAAAAAAAGCAGAUAUUUGGUCUAUAGGUUGUACACUAUGUGAGAUGGCUACCGGUAAACCACCAUGGUCAUUUGAACGCAAUCAUGUGGCUGUUCUACUGAUGAUAGUCAAUGGUACGAAACCACCAGCAGACUUGCCCGACAGUUGUCCUGAAUCAGCUCAAAAUUUCUUCCGUUUAUGUUUAACGCGUGAUCCAGCCCAACGGCCAACGGCUACAGAUCUCUUAAACCAUCCGUUUUUAGUCUCAAAAGAGUGA